AUGCCUUCGGACGCCUUCAACGAGAAGCACGAGCUCGGCUACGUCGACCUGGAAGCUCACGAUGGCCACUCCACCACUACGGGCACGCACGUCCUCCUCGAGGAAGUGGCCGUUGUUCCGUACCAAGUCAAGAGCCAAUUCGCCAAGGAGAUGAUGGCCGAGUUCCUCGCCACCUUCAUCUGCAUGCUCUUCGGCCUGUCGUGCAUGGCCCAAGUCACUCUGAGCGGAGGAAGCGCCGGCAGCUUCGUGACCAUCGCAUUGGCCUGGGGGUUCGCCUACUUCAUCGGCAUCUCGAUCGGUGGCGGCGUAUCUGGCGCCCACCUGAACCCAACGGUGACCGUGACGCUCGCUCUGCUCAAGAUGCUGCCGUGGAAGAAGGUGCCGUUCUACAUCCUCAUUCAGACUGUCGCCGCCUACGUCUCGGCCCUGGUGGUCUACAUCGUGUAUCGUCCGCUGUUUAAUGAGGUGGACCCGGACCGCACCACGACCCACACAGUCUUCGCGACGUUCCCGCACGAAAACGUUGGCAACUUCACGUGCUUCCUGACCGAGUUCCUCGCCGCAGCUCUGCUGAUCCUUGGGAUUCUGGCGCUGCUGGACCAGCACAACCGCCCCAUUGGCCGUCACGCGGUCCCGCCGGCCAUCGGCGUGCUCGUGAGCGCUAUCGCUAUGGGCUUUGCCACGAACACAGGCCUGGCCGCCAACGCUGCUCGCGACCUGGGUCCUCGUCUCUUCAUGCUUACUGCAGGCUGGGGAUCGCGCGUGUUCACACUCGGUAAUUAUUACUUCUGGGUCCCGCUCGUGGCUCCGAUCCUGGGCGGCGCUGCCGGAGCAUUCGUGUACGAGGCCAUGGUGGGCUACCACCACCCUGGACGCUCGUUCGGACCGUACCCGGAGUACCGAUUCUAG